AACAAGGAAAUAAAAUAAAUUUUCUCAAAACGAAUAUUAUAAAAUUUUUAACAAUCUAAAAGAUCAUAAUGAUUGCGUUGCUUUCUUUUAUAUUUCUUUUAAUCGUUUUUAUUUAUAUCAAAUCACCAAGACUUAGUGAGAAUGAACCACCUCUUGUCCCAUACACUAUUCCAGUGAUUGGUCAUACGUUCAGCUAUUUAUUUAACACUGAAAAUUUUAUUAAAAAAUGUUUAAAAGAGUACGGAGAACCUUUUAAUAUUAUUAUAUUUGGAAGAGUAACGACUGUUGUGGCACAAAAAUAUUUACCUGAAGUAACUAAAGCUCAUGAAAAUUUUGAUUCAUUUGAAGUACUCAAAGAGUUUGCGCCUUUACAUUUUAUUUUAGAUCAUAAUCCAUUUGAUAUUACUGAAUUUCAUGCAAAAACUACUAGGGAACAAAUUAGUGGAAAAUUAUCAUUACAUUUUGAUAAGAUGCAAAAAAAUAUCCUCUAUAGUUUAGAUAAAUGGAUUGGAGAAUGUAAUAAACCUAGGAGUGUUAACCCGAUUUGGAAUGUUACUAAUAAUGUUACUGCUAAGUUAAUUGCAAAUAUUUGUAUAGGAGAAGAAGCAUCUCAGCAUGAAGAUGUUAUUCAUUCAUUUGCAGUAUUAUCUGAUGAUAUGAAUAUAUUUUUUUUAUUACCACCAUUUCUUUCGAUUAUUCAUCAGAAAUUGCACGAAUUUGUAAUUUCGUAAAUAUAAAAUUUUUAAAAUUAUCUUUACAACGCAAAAAAGUCGGUUUAAAAUUUCUUUAAAUUUUAUAGAUUACCGUUUUUAA